AUGUCGCUGAGGACUUACCCAUAUCCCCAUCAGAUAACCCUUACGUCUUAUACAGAUCUGGUCAAAAGAAUGGCCUAUGCCCUAGGUCUCUCUGUCGUCCAACUACAACAACAGGCGACAGACUCAGUCUAUGAUAUAGUUCAGCUCGACACCUCUUCCACCUUGGCAUCGCCUAUGUCCUCGAUCAUGCCAUUGCUUCGCAGACACAUCUGGAUGGCAACCCUCGACCUCCAAGAUGCGUAUUUCCACAUCACUAUUCACCCCUUCCACCAUCAAUACCUACGCUUUGUGGUUGGUCACCGGCACUUCCAGUAUACGGCUCUUCCGUUCGGCCUCUCCAGCACCCCAAGAGUCUUUACGAAGAACAUGAUUGUGGUUGCGGCUUUCCUCCGUCUACAGGGUAUGUCGAUCUAUCCCUAUAUAGACGAUUUGCUUCUGGGAAAAUGUGUCAUGGUCCUGACGGAUAACACCACAGCGCUGUCAUAUAUCAACAGGCAGGGAGGCACGGUGUCCCAACGCCUAUGCAACCUGGCCAUCCAGUUGUGGAAGUUGUGCAUCGACAAUGACAUAUUCCUCGUGGCCACUCACAUCCCUGGCCACAUGAACGUGCAGGCAGACCAUCUAAGUCGAGUCAGACUCAGCCUGCACGACUGGGGGAUGAACCUAAAAUACCUCCUCCUUCUCUUCCACAAGUGGGGGACUCCCCGAGUCGAUGUCUUUGCGAACAGAAGCAACAGGAAGUCCUAUGAUUAUAAAUGGAGGAAGUUCUGUUCUUUCCUGGAGCUUGUUAGAACCCCCGUGUGUGGGACUGCACAGAAGAUUGACGAUGAAAACAAGGCUGCUUACCUUUAUGAUAUGAUGGUGUUUGACUGUGUCCUUAAGAUCCGGGAUCUGGAAUACUGCUGCGUGGUAUCAAAUUGGUUUGCUCUCUGGAAGCAAAUUGAGAAUCUGUUCGAAAAGCUCUACAACUCCAGUGGAAGGGAGCUGAGGCGGGCCCUCUUCUCCUUGAAACAAAUAUUUCAAGAUGACAAAGAUUUGGUUCAUGAAUUUGUUGUGGCCGAGGGCCUGACAUGCCUAAUAAAAGUGGGAGCAGAGGCGGACCAGAACUACCAGAAUUACAUCUUGAGAGCACUGGGACAAAUAAUGCUGUAUGUAGAUGGGAUGAACGGCGUAAUAAAUCAUAACGAGACAAUCCAGUGGUUAUACACGCUCAUUGGGUCAAAGUUUCGCCUGGUUGUAAAGACUGCACUGAAAUUGCUCCUUGUUUUUGUGGAGUAUACCGAGUCCAAUGCGCCCCUCUUCAUCCGAGCUGUGUCUGUCGUAGAUGAAAAAAGAGGCCUCAAGCCAUGGUCCAAUGUCAUGGAGAUCCUGGAAGAAAAAGAUGGGGUUGACACAGAACUGCUAGUUUAUGCAAUGACCUUAGUGAACAAGACACUGGCCGCCUUGCCAGAUCAGGAUUCCUUCUAUGACGUUGUGGACUGUCUAGAAGAGCUAGGGAUCGAAGCCGUUUCCCAGAGACACUUGAACAAGAAAGGAGCAGACUUGGACUUAGUAGAGCAAUUCAACAUUUACGAGAUGACACUCAGACAUGAAGAUGGGGAUGACAACGGGGAACCCCCUCCCAGUUGCCGCAAAGACCGCCGGCGAGCCAGUCUGGGAUGCCCAGAGCGAAGGGGGCUGGAGCGGCGGAGGAGUCGGAGGCAUUCUGUCCAGACGGUCAAGAGCACUUUAUCCGCGCCUGCCAGCCCCUGUACUCAGGGGAGCCCCCCCUUCGCACGUGGCCAUGGGCAGGGCGUCGACGAGCUCAGUGAGAAAGGGUUUGAGCCUGAGACCCCCCCAGACUUGCAGAGUGAGGAGGAGGCUGGCAGUGCAUUUGAGGAUGAGCUUACAGCAUCAUCACCUUU